AGAACAAAAUAUUGUCAUAAAGCUAUUAUUCAAUGCACUUCUACGAUAUUUAUUUUUCACUCCUUAAUUUCCGGCGGCAUAGUUGGCCACUCUGAAGCUUUGCAGUGAGUCAUCCUCCGUACAGACUCCGCCCCACUGCCCCUACACACACGAGACAGGCGUUUUGUUCACGUUGUAGAUGGAAUAGGCAGUAUUAGUAGGUGGGUUUGUUUUAGUAAUACGUUCUUAGUGUUUGAAGAAUCUCUACAGUCACUUCACAUUGCACUUUGGUUUAGUUAUCUUUGUGACAUUUGAGUGUAAACUUACUGAAGUAUAACAAAUAAGUGAUCUUUCUCAUCGGUGCUGUUGUCUGUGUUGUCAUCUAUAAAGUCGGAGUUGAAAUCUUCAAGUGCGGAGAAGCCGCAAUGGACUCACUCCCAUUGUUAAUACUGGAUAAAAUCGCAGAGCACCUGACACCCUACGAGCUGGCAGCGUGUUCUGCCGUUAGUGUGGGCUGGAGGGAUGCCUUCAACCAGGACAGUCUGUGGAGGCCACACUGCAACAAGGACACGGCACAGUACCUGGAGACUGCGGAGUGUAGAGUGGAGCCGAGUUUUGAGUCUCCAGAGUCGGAGGACAGCACGCUGAGUCCUGUCUGUCGCUGGCGGAUGUGUUACAUGCGUGAGACUCACCUGCAGAACAACUGGAGACAUGGCAGAUCCGUCAAGGAAAAUAUAAGCGUCGUAGAGAAAAUCCAAAACGUGUUCUGCGUGUUUGUCUCUGACGAUUAUGUGCUACUGCCAAGUGGAAGAAAAGUGACGUUGUGGAACGUUAGAGGUUCUCCAGUUUAUAUAGGAGAACCAAUACAUUUACUCUUUGAAUCAGAAGAUAUCAGGUUGGUACAAAUGAUCAACUCCAACAUGGUCUUGAUUGUUCAAGAAAUAUCUGUACAAGUUUAUUGUUUUAAAUCCAUUUUAGACAAAACCUGGGAAUUAAAACACGUUUUCUUUUUUGAUGAAACUCAAACUGUUUCAUCUAGUGUCGAAGUUAGCCUUAUGGUUGUUAGAAAUAAAAAUCCUAUUUGUUUUGUAGUUCCGAUUGCCGUAGGCAAUAUAUUCAUUGGUUACUCCUUAACGUACCCAACAGUUUUACACAUUUGGAAUGUUGAGGAAGGGAAAAAGUUAAAGACGGUUGAAUGUAAGAUUACAUUGGCAAAGUGUUACAUGUUACGGAGCAUUUUUAAAUCUGACAAACCAUCUCUAGACAUUGUAGUGGUUCUCUGGCAUCGGAGUUAUUUAAAAGACGAAUUUCACGUAUACAUUUACAGUUUAAAACAUUUGGACUUCCUCCCUUUCCACGAAACCUAUGACAAGAAUAACAGUUUCAAUAUUGAUUGUGUGUUACAAGACAGAUUUCUCGGUGUUACAUUUAAUGAACAUCUCUACAUCUAUAAUUAUGUGACGUCAGUCACAGUUACUACAUACAAUACCAAAUAUAAGCGACUGUGUUACUGUCAACAAUCACAUUUUGUUCUCUGAACAACGAAUGUUUUCCAAGAGUUUCAAUACAACUACUCUAGAAAUUAAAAACGUAAGAGUGGCCAAUAACACAGAAGUUCCUUCGGAAUGUUGUUUGGGAAAAGUUUUAUUCGGCAAUUUUUUUUACACUUCGGAUGAUCGCGGACAUGUACAAGUAUGGGAGAUGGGAAGAAAUCCUAUGGCAGAAGAAGUAACAUGGAUAGAACAUUUAGACUAUAACCCACAUAGUACCAUUGACAGAUCAAAUACUAAAUUAAUCGUUAAAUCAUAUGGACCUAAAAGUAAUUUUAUUUGUGAAUAUUUUUGGUAAUAUCCUCAAUUAUAAUAUAAAGACUCAAUUAACACGUAAAUAGUCUUAUUUUUAAUAGGCUUUAAUGAUUUAAUCCAACCAUGACAGUUCAUUUUUCGAGAAUAUUUUGUCUUAAUGUGUAUAAAAUAUGUUGUUCUAUAGUAUUAUGGUUGUAUAAUCUAUCAUACUCGAAGUUGUCUAAACAGUACUCCUUUGUUUUAACUUCUGUGUUACUUUGACCCAGUUCUUUAGUAUAGAAGACCUAAAUAUACAAUGGCCUAACGUUUUACCACAUUAAACUUUUUUAUUUAUUGGUCACAUUUUUUGUACAUUAACCUAUCACCUCUAUUUAUUGGUUUACAUUAUGUUAUUUAAUUAGAUAUAACACUUACGUUACAAAAGGGCACAGACACUUUUGAAUCGAUUCUUCAUGAUUUCAUAUUUUAAACUUUUCCAAAUCGCCAGUCAUUAGGAACUACCAACUAUCUCACAUUCCACUAAUGUGGGUCCUACGGGUGCAUACAGCUUGAACACUGCCUCUAAUCAGGGACUUAGAGACUAUAUUCCACUAAUACGGGUGCACAAAUUGUAAACUUACCAUCAUCAAUGACUACCAUGUAUAUCAAGCCUCCUUAGAGAAAAUAUAUGACACCGUAUGCACCAUGUUAUGAAAUUUCCAACUUCAAUCAUUUUCAGUUUCUCAGUUCUUAGGCUGAAGCGUUGAUGCUAUCAUUAACGUCAGUCUCCUGGUUCACACGGGUUUAAAACUCACCUUUUACAGUUAACUUGUUGAUAUAUUUCGGCCUUGACGUGGAGAAUCACCAUCAGUCAACAACUAUUGUACUGAAACCCGUGAUUGACGUUAAUUGUUUGGUUUCCGUGAGAAGCGGAGCAGUGUUGACUGAGAAUUUUUUUAACUUUUAGCCCUUAAAUUAUCAUAGCUCUAGUAAUCCCAAUAGAUUUUGAGAAAAAUAUCCAUACUAGCCCUCGUCACUUCCUUCAUAUGGAACAAUAUUUUAUUGCCAUAUCAGUUCGGUUUCAGGUUUCAUUCUUAUACUUUAUUUGUCUUUGAAGCAAGUUCUCACUGGACUCUGGUGUUAAUUCAUUCUGAGUUCAUUUUUUAGUUUAAGAGUAGAAUUUUUGUUUUUAGAUUUCCCUUUUGGUAAUUUAUAACGCUAUCCUAUACAACUAAAUGAUAUCGAACUUCUUAUUAGUCAAAAGAGGUAUAUCUCAAGAUUUAUUCCUUAUGUAUAUAGUAAAUAUAUGGUAAAUAUUAAUUUUACCACCUUAAGUGAUUACCAGAUCUUAUUCCAGCACUGACAUAACUUUUAAUAACCUGGUUCACAGCUACUUAUAAAAGUUUCAAAAACUUUUUUUGAAAAGACAAUCCCAUAGAUCUCCUAAUCUCCCAAACUAUUUCCUUCUGUACAAUCAUACGCUCAACCAUGUGUUUUGUAUAAAGUACCAGGAGUUAGUUUUUACUUAAACAUCGUAUUACCACAUUACUUUGCUCAUUACUGAUCUUCAUUAUACAGUUUUACCUUGAGGUGCAUUAUUAAUCUUUUAACCAUAGUAACUCCUGCAUAUAGAAUUAAAAGUUAGCUAGGGUAAUAUGUAUCUGGUUUUUCUGUAGUAAUAAUUUGUUCAAUAGAUUCUCUGCAUCCAGAACAAGGCGUUAGGAUAUUCUAUAGGCUCGUCUAGUGAACCAGCUGCGGUUAUCUUGUCUAAUCACGUGGUACUCUCAUCCUGAAAAGCUUCUUAAAUUAUAAGACAUUAAGUUUUGUUUCCAAAAACUAAGUCACCUAAACAUAUUUGCCCACACUGUAAUUUUCUGUGGUAAGGUUUUUUAUUGUUUCCUUGUAUCUAGUGUAGGUAUUUGUGUAACAUUUUACUUAAUAGAGGUAUAAAUUGAUUAUAUUAUUGUACCCAUUGUAAUAUAUUUUGGUACUGUAUUAUAGUGCUAUUUGAUAUCAUAGUUAUUAUUAGUUGUUGUAUUGUAGAUUUGUGGUAUAAAGAAUCAAUAAGAAUAAA